AAGAAUCGAAGUUCAACUUGUUCUUUUGCACUUAAAAAAGAAACUUUUUUACGUAUCGUAAAUAGCCGAAUUAUACUUUGCAGAUUGUAUUAUCGUUCAUAAUAUAUUUACGUACUGUAGUUUCAGCUAUUGCGAUCGUGUUUAUUAACCUCCAAGUGACCUAGUGCACUUUGGAGGUUAUCGAGGUCCGUCCUUGGAAUGCUUUGCUCUUUCACAAUAAAUCAAACAGAAAGAAAUGGCUACGAAACACGAUCGUGCAGUUUUGAAUAGUUUGUUUAAUCCCCUCUUGCCUAUAGGAGAAUGUGUUUACGAUGAAGAUAUUCCCCCCGAAUUGAAAGAUGAAGAGAUAUCAACUCCGGAGAGUGAAGAAGCUAAAAAAUUGGAAUUGGAAGGGGUGAAAGCGGCAGAAACCGGACAGAUCGAUAGGGCGAUCGAAGUGUUCACCAAGGCCAUCGAUUUGGCACCGAACAGAGCUUCUUCGUACAACAAUCGAGCACAGGCUUACAGGCUGAAUGGGAAUACUCGAGGUGCUUUGGAGGAUCUAAACAAUGCCAUCAAUGUGAGUCAAGAUAAGGGAAAGGCUUGCUGUCAAGCUUACUGUCAGAGGGCUCUUAUUCAUCGCCUGCAAGGCAACAACGAUGCUGCGAGAAAGGAUUUUGAAUCUUCUGCCAGAUUGGGUAGCGAAUUUGCAAAAUCCCAACUAGUACAGAUGAAUCCCUAUGCGGCUUUAUGUAACCAGAUGCUUGGUCAGAUGCUAUCGCAACUGCAAAAAGUUAAAGAUGUAGAAUAAUUGCACCGAGCUAAUUGUUAGAAAAUAGCAUGUGCCAUCUAUUCUUUAAAAUCUCUGUAGAUGUCAAUUAUUACUAAAAUACCAUAUUAAUAUAUAAAUACUGUGUCUUAAAAUUUGCUUAAACCUGUGUACAUUCAGAAUUUUGAAUAUUAAAAUUAUUAAACAGCAAUAUAUAUGUGAUUAUGUGCAAGUCUUUCAGCUUACCUUUAUACAAACAUGCCAAUUAUUAAACAAUUGUAAUAAAUUAAAUAAUUUUUGAAGCAUUGGAUUCUAAAUUAAAUAGGAUUCUGCAUUUUAUACUCACAAUGUGUAAUGUAAUACCUUCUGUAAGAACAAUAAAACAUGCUAUGUCUUUUAUCUGUACAACAUAAGUGAAUUAUUAAAAUUAAAAUUGACAAAUUAUUCAUUUAA